AUGAGUAGAUUACCCCCUACUCCUCAAUCAGAACGAAAGAGAUCUCUACAUUCCCAUUCAAAGGCCCAAGAGACAUUCCCUACACUCUACGAAGAAGGUGUAGUGGAUACGGUGCCCACCUCAGGAGACGAAGGAGAAACCAAAUACGCAUUAGUGAAAGAAGCAAUGGAAGAAGCCAUCUCAACCUGUGAUACAGGGAAAGGGCCCGUACGCGACGAAUCAGAGGAUGACGGGACCCCUAGCCCAAAUCCUGGCCCUAUCCCAAUCCCUACCCCCAAUGCCAACGGCAUGAUCACGAUGACCACGGCCGAUCUUCUCACGUUUUGUCAACAGAUGAUGACCGCGCGGGAGAACGCCCGUAUGAGUGAUACUACCCCUGCGUAUACCCUAAAACAGGAGAUACGUGAAUAUCAUAAGGAGGUGCAAGCUUCGAUGGAUACGAAGACCGUGACGACGUUCGAUGGAACCAACUACCAAGCAUGGAGGAUUGGCAUCCUGGCGGACGCGGAGGUUAUUGGCGCCACUGAUAUCCUUAUGAAAAACCAACAUGAACCACCUGAAGAAUACGGCACCAACCAGUUGGAUAAAGAGCGUUGGACAGUAUGUACAAAGGCCUUAUACCAUUGA